GAAGUGUUUGAUGCCAUUAAUGGCUCAAUAGAUCCGAGUCUAUAGACAACGCCUUUCUAUACAAUCGAUGUUUACUUCAAAUUAAUGCUUGAUUUUGAACAUUGAAUCAAUUGAUUUGACACUCAAUUGGUCCACAUUUGGUGGUCAACACAUUGUCCACACAUUGGGUUACGUGUAGUGAAGUGUGAUAUCAAUAGCAGCUAAUAGUCGGUCAUUCGCAUAGAAGAUGUCAUAUCAAGCAAGUGAUGAUCACUUGAGUGGUUCCCAUAAGAUAUCCACAUGUCUUCCAAUGAAAGCCAAUACAAUUGCCAAACGUCUUCACACCAUAACCAAUGUCUACACUCUGUGGUUGAUAUAUGUCUCACUUCUGGUCACUUGUAUUGAGUCACUUCAGAUCCCCGAUCAGCAGAUAGUUGUCGGCAAGUUGUUUCACCAUCGGAUCCAAUUGACGUCUUCGCAUGACGUCAAGUCUAUACACGUCGGCGAAGCGGGCGAUGGCUUAACACUUCCC